CCUGACUACAAUAAACCCGAGCUAAGAGCGCCCUGGGCUCGCCUCCUUCUCCAAGGCGAUCAAUAGUAUCUCAGGCGCACUACAAGCACUCUCCUACGUAGACAUCCACAAGGAGAGAGCUGAUAGAACAACACGCGGUUCAUCUGCUCUCAACAAAAAAACCCUACCUGCUUACUGAACCAUGUCGUUGAGCCCAAAGCAUACAACGCCUUUCUCAGUGACAGAUAUUUUGAGUCCUAUCGAGGAGACCUACAAGAAGUUUAGUGGCAUGGACGGCGCAGGGAACCUAACCUCUCCACUCGGAGCUUACCGGCAGCCGCAGGUGUCUCAGGCAGGCAUGCAGCAGCACUCCAUGGGCCACAACGCCACCGUGGCGACCGCCUACCACAUGCCCCACGCGGUGUCCCAGUUCUCGCACGGAGCCAUGGGGGGAUACUGUAACGGCAGCAUAGGCAACAUGGGGGACCUGCCGUCGUACCAGGAGAGCAUGCGGAACAGCGCGGCGGCGACGGGCUGGUAUGGCGCCAACCCAGACCCCAGAUACUCCACCAUUUCUAGAUACAUGGGACCUUCCACAGGUAUGAACAUGGCCGGGAUGGGGAGCCUCACAGGGAUGUCCGACGCCUCCAAAUCCAUGCCAGCCAUCCACGCGGCGCCCAGGAGGAAACGCCGCGUGCUUUUCUCGCAGGCCCAGGUGUACGAGCUCGAGAGGAGAUUUAAGCAACAGAAAUACCUGUCGGCGCCGGAGCGGGAGCAUCUGGCCAGCAUGAUCCAUCUGACGCCGACCCAGGUGAAGAUCUGGUUCCAGAACCACCGCUACAAAAUGAAGCGGCAGGCCAAAGACAAGGCGGCCCAGCAGCUGCAGCAGCAGGACAGCAGCAGCCUGUGCCAGCAGUCGCAGUCCCCGAGGCGCGUGGCAGUGCCCGUGCUCGUAAAGGACGGCAAACCGUGCCAGAACGGCUCCAACACACCGACACCGGGCCAACAACAACAACAACAACAACAGCAACAACAGCAACAGCAGCAGCAGCAGCAGCAGCAGCAGCAGCAACAGCAGCACAGCAGCAGCAGCAGCAGCAACAGCAGCAGCACACAACAGAACGGUUCGGGGAUCGGACUCGGACUCGCCUCGUCCACUAACAGCAUCAACCAGCACCAGCAGAACCAGCAGAACGUCAACGUGUUGGUGCAGCAGGCCCAGGACUUAGACAUGUCCCCCAGUCCUCCCUCACUGCACAGCCAACUGAGCAUGGCUCAGAUGGACAGCUCUGCUGUAGAUUACACCAGCAACAUGGUCAGCUCAAACCUCCUGUAUGGCAGAACGUGGUAGGACCUGUACAACAAUCAGUCCUUUUUACGUGUUUUUUUUCUAUAUGUUAACCUGCUGGAUGAUGAGCUCAAUAUAUCAUGUUGAUAUACCACAGUGAGACCAUUGGGGGGGACACUUUUUGUGGUGGUUGAAUGGACAACGGCGCAACAGGCGCACCAGCUGAUCAGGGCACGUUUUCUUGACAUUUUGGAGAGGAGGAGGGAGUCUAUUUUGGAACAUUACACGAAAUGGCUGCCCUUGAAACGAGUGACGUCGUUUCUGGACCUUUUUUUUUCUCUCCAAAUCCAUGUUAUGGACUUCCUUAUGGUGUUUUAGACGUUAGUCUAUAUGUGGUUUAUCGACAAGAAUGCUGCUUUCACUUGAGUGGGGACUGGG